CAAUUAAAAAAAAAAAUACUACAAAAGUUAUACGCAAGGAAUUAAUACAACGAGAAUUCACACAAUUAAAAAAAUAUCUGAACAGUUUUUUAUUUUGUAUUUUUAUUUAUGUAUUUCUGUCUAUUUUGAAGAACGUUUUGUGUUGAAAGUGCUGAUCUGAAGACGGGCUGGUUCUGGCGCUCAGCCCGAUGAUGACAAUUAAAUGGGCAACAACAAGCAAUUGAGUGAAGAGAAGCGGUCUGUAGAUUCGCCGCAACUGUAGGUUGGGUUACACGAAUAGGUAAAUGAAAGCCAAACUUAUAUGUCGGCCUCUGUGAAAACUACCGUGGCAGAGGGACUCUUGCGUUCGAGAGGUGCUAUGCUGGUGAUCGGGAGACGUAUUGCUUGUUUUGUGAGGAGUGAGUCGAGGAUUUAAGGAUACGUUUAUCAGAUGUCAGUGUAAAAGCGUGUUGGACGGGAUGCGAGCUACCCUGCAUGCAAGCAUAUCCCCAUCCAAUUACCCAAAGGGGGUCUGAAGAAGAGUUGAAGUAGCUUUAAAAUAACAAAGACCAAAAUAAGAAAAAAAUGCGAAGCGAUAGCCUAGUAUGAAAACAACAGUGACAUUUAAAGUAAAUGACAGUGUGGAUUAGGUGGGGCAAAGUGACUAGCACGGAAGCAAGAAUGAUUGCAGCUUGAUGUCUGUUAAGCACGAGCCAGGGCUGUCUGUGUAUAGGGCUAUUGUUAUUAUUAUUAUUGACAUUAAAGACGAGGAAAGUGAAAUAAAUAAAUAAACAAACUCGUAAACAUUGGAAUUAGCUAGACCCGGGAUUAUGUAGCAUUGUUGUUUUAUUAUUAUUAUUUUUAAAAUAUAUGUAUAAAUACGACGCAGUUUUGUUCCUCUAUAAAUGUUAUUAUUAAUAAAACAAACAAAAUACAAACGACUUUAUCAGAAACACUUGGAGGAUAAUCACAUAACAUCAACAAGUUUGCACUACGAAAAAUGGAGUGGACUAUUGCACCAGCUGUAUCUGUUCUCUGAUAAGAUACACUUAGUGAAAAACACACACAAAAAAAAGCUAUCGUAAAGCCAAGGAAGGAAGGUAGACAUUCCUGAAAAGCAAGCCACACUACAUCUAAUUUAGUGUAAGGUCAUACUUGAAUAUUAAGAGAAUAUAUGUUAUAUAAGUAUUGUACAUGUACAUCAUUAAGUUGAGCUCUUGACGGUUGGCUAGAAAUGAGAAAAUGAACAGAGAAGAGCAUCACACUGUCACAGAAUUGAGCAAUGCCAAAGAAAAGACGCUCGUUAAACUAGCUGACAGAGCUGGAAUUUGCCCCCUGAAUAGCCAACAGGUGAUGGCUAGCGAGAUGGUGAAAUUUCACAUUGGAGCGGAUGAUGGGUCAGUGGGAGAGAUGGGAUUCUGUGAACUGGAAAGGGUUGCUGAAUCCGCCCCCCUCCAGGAGCUUGGAGAGAGUGGGGAGGUUAAUGGGGGUACUAAGACAGAGGCUCCCCACAUAACUGAUUCAAGCGCUGAUCAAGAUCACAAGCCACAUGAUCAGAGAAACAGCCUGGAGGACGCUGAGUCUGCUGAAAGGGUUGUGGACUCGGGGUUGGACCAUGUUGGGAAUGAUGCAGCGGCAUGUGUGGAUUUAACUUUACAAACAUCAGUCACUUCAUUGGAGGUCAGUCCCGAGCAGGGUGACAGACUUCAGACAGUGCAGGAAUCUGCUCCAAUACCGGCUUCAGGUUGCUCUGUCGUUUUGGGAGCCCCUGCACCGAACACCGAUGUAAAGGAAGCCACUCUCAAUCAAGGAGGGGGACCAGUUUCACCACCCCCUCCUCCUGAGCUUCUCAAACCUGGAGGGAAGAGGGUCACUUUUCCCUGCGAUGAGGACAUCAUAUCCGGGGCUGUGGAGCCUAAGGAUCCUUGGAGGCAUGCUCAGAAUGUGACAGUGGACGAGAUCAUCGCAGCUUACAAACUUGCCUGCCAGAAAGUAAACUGUAAGCCUAUCCAGAAACUACUGAAGCAAAUACAAGAAAUCAAAGACCUGACCCAGAGGACAGAAUGCCUUGAUCUGAAAGGUGAAAAGCUAGACUACAGGGCAUGUGAUGCACUGGAAGAGAUCUUCAAGAGGGUUCAGUUUAAACUUGUUGAUCUGGAGCAAACAAACUUGGACGAAGAUGGAGCCUCGGCCCUGUUCGAUAUGAUUGAAUACUACGAGUCAGCGACGCACCUGAACAUCUCGUUCAACAAACACAUCGGCACACGUGGCUGGCAGGCCGCUGCACACAUGAUGAAGAAGACGAACUGUCUUCAGUAUCUAGAUGCGAGGCACACUCCGCUGCUGGACCACUCCGCCCCCUUUGUGGCACGAGCCCUGCGCAUCAGCAGCAGUCUGGGGGUGCUGCACCUCGAGAAUGCCGGCCUGUCGGGACGCCCCCUCAUGCUACUGGCCACAGCUCUGAAGAUGAACGUGAACCUGAGAGAGCUGUACCUGGCAGAUAACAAGCUCAACGGACUGCAGGACUCUGCCCAGCUGGGGAACCUGCUGAAAUUCAACUGCUAUAUCCAGAUCCUGGACCUGCGGAACAACCAUGUGCUGGACUCGGGUCUGGCGUACCUCUGUGAGGGCCUGAAGGAGCAGAGGAAAGGCUUGGUGACUCUGGUCUUGUGGAACAACCAGCUGACUCACAACGGCAUGGUGUACCUGGCAGCAGCGCUGCCAUGCACCCAGAGCCUGGAGACGGUGAAUCUGGGGCACAACAGCAUCGGGAACGAGGGGGUCCACAAGCUGAAGGACGGGCUCAUUGCAAACCGCUCAGUCCUGCGUCUGGGCUUGGCCUCCACGAAACUCUCCUGUGAAGGGGCGGUAGCAGUAGCAGAAUUCAUUGCUGAGAGCCCGCGUCUGCUGCGGCUGGACCUCCGUGAGAAUGAGAUCAAGACUGGUGGCCUCAUGGCUCUCUCCCUUGCCCUGAAGGUCAACACCUCCCUGCUGAGACUAGACCUGGACCGGGACCCCAAGAGAGAGGCUGUAAAAAGUUUCCUCGAGACCCAGCGAGCCCUGCUCUCAGAAAUCCAAAACGGCUGCAAACACAAUUUCAUCCUGGCCAAAGAGAAGGAGGAGACGGAGCAGAAGAUGCACCAGUCUGCCUCCAUGCCAGAGAUCACCAUGGCACUGCCACAGACUGAGGAAGGAGUGGCAGCAGAGGGGAGCGGGCAGGGCGAGGUAGGGGGCGGCAAACCACCAUCACACAAACAAGAGGAGGAGAACGAAGCAGGAGCAGCAACCUCCAACAACCUGGAGCAGGAAUCCGAUUCAGAUACUGAUGAUGAGGUGGAGGGAUCUGCACAGGCUCCUGUAUCCGUGGAGAAGACGACGACUCCUCCUCCUCCUCCUCCACCCUGCCACCCUGUACCCACAGCAGCUGUGCUGGUGGAGCCCCCUAGUGGUUCAGGAGAUGCUGCACCUUCUUUUCGGCUAGAAGAUAAACCCGGGCCAGUGAUAACCCUGUGUGAUCCUGCAGCCACCCUCUGCUCCCCCACACAAAGCAACGAGAAACGCAUUUCUGUUACCAGCCCAGGCCGGGGCCAUAAAGUCUUCGUAGUGACCCGUGUGGAAAGCCCCCCAGAGCAGCCUCUGCAGGCGGUGGGGAAAGCACAGACGACGCCUUUGCUAAGCCAGCCGACGACUCUGAUCCCAGUGAAAGGAGGGCAGGCCAGCCUGGCCCUGCAAGCAAGUCCACUAAAGUCCACUGUGUCAGAAUCACCUGCCCCUGCUGUUGCUGACGGCCCUCUGCUACACCUCCCCUCCAAAGCAGAGGUCAAGGAGGGGGUGCAGUGUGCUGCAGCUGCAGGGGGCACCUUUCCCAAUGGAUUGAAAGCAGAGUUCAUCCGAAUCCUGCCCAAAUCCUGCGAGACUCCUGAGCCCAAAGGGGUGGGCUGUCCUGCCGAGGACGAGCUGUGCUGUUGGGAGGGAGAGAAGAAGCUGGAAGAGCUGCUGCUAGAAGCGAGUCUGGAGACUGGGAGAGAAGCACUGUGACACAGCCACGGGGUCCUUAACUCAGCGGAUUGACAACUGCAGGCCGUCCCCGGAACUCACCUGCUUUUGUUUUUUUUUUUUUUUUUUUUUUUUUUUUUAAACUCUGUUUCAUUCAUCCUCAAGAAAACUGAAGUGCAACAAAAAAGUCACCCCAUUCUACUUUAAAAAUAAAUAAAUAAAUAAAAAUGAAGAAAUCAAUAAAACAUAAAGAAAUGCUCCUUUGUUUUCUAUCACUACAUUCCAUCUGCCGCAAGUCUAGAAGGAAGAUGCUCCUACUGUUAUCCAGUGUAACCAAAGAAACGGGAUUCUGUCUGGACAGACUCGUAUGUUCCUGCUUAAUGGACCCGAAAAGUGCUCCUGUGAAGUUCCCCCAGCAGAAGUGGGUUCUGUGUUCACUAGAAAUAUCAGAUGAGAAAGGAGAGGGUCUGCUCAUGGCCACUGCAUCAGAAGCAGCAUGUGCAAUCUGCAGCACGUGUUACACCAGAGAGUUUGGAGUAUUUCAAGUACAUUGCGGAGUUUCUUCUUUUGGUUUUGAAAACUACUUAGCAAAGUAGUCCAUUGGAUUUCUUCACUUUCUGAUUCAGUAUCAGUCACUACAUUUGGAAGCUUGGAAUUUCUGCUUCAUAUAUCCGGGUGCCCAACUUUUCUUUUGUUCUAAAAAAACAAAUAGCAUGUAUUCUCUCUUCUUGUAGCAGUGUUCCAUUGGAAGCACACACAUACACACAGAAACACAGAGACAAGCGCUGCCUUCGUCCAACAGACCCACUUUGCUGCUUCAGAGAUUAAAGAUAUUUUCUUAUUUAUUUUAUAGCUACUUCCACAGUAGAUAAUUAAUUCAUUUUUGGUCAAUCGUCUGACCCUUGUACCUUUUCCACACUACCCAAGCUAUGCACAGUCAUCAUGUGCUGAAGUCGUGAUUGUGAGUGUCAUAGUCAGGUGGUUUCCAUGUAUAUUCAUUGCGCAUUAAGCAGUGUAAUGGCAUUGCUGUGCUUUGUUAUGAGGUAGCAAUGGGACUCUUAUGGAAGUCAAUAAAGCUGAAGACUGAAGGUCGACGGUCGAGUCCCAUUAAUUCAGAAGGCACAGCAAUGCCAUUAUCAAGGUUACACUACAACUUUUUAAUGUUAUUUAUUCACCUCUGUCUGAAGUAGCCACUGCAGUCCACUGUUUUGUUUUGUUUUAUAUAUAUAUGUAUAUAUAUGAGCAGGGCUCAGCAUUGAUGUGAAGCGAUUCGUCAGUGAGCGAUGGUUUCAGAACUGGUGUCUUAAUCUCUCAGCUGUGCUUUAUUUGCACGUCCUUUAUUGAGUACAGUACAUAGUGGUGGUGUGUAAUGUCAGUUUUGCCCCAGUAGUAAACACUAUAGGUGGUGCUGCUCUCAUUUCUAAACAAUCUGAAUAUUUGAGAAUUGAAGCUUUAGGGCUGUGCAGCUUUUUAGGCCUUAAAUACCAAAAUAUAUGCAGCCCAAAUAAGUCAAGUGUGAAAUCUGGAGAGUAGAAGAGUUCAGUCAAAGGGGGGGGGGAGGGAGUAGAUAGCCAGAUAAACAUGUUUCUAAAAGACGCCUAUGUUUAGAGUUGAACCCUUAGUGAGGAUGAUGUGAUUGAUUCACAAACUCUGCAGGAGAGUAUGUGAGCAGGUUCUGUACAGCACAAUGGAUCGUCGAUCCUGCAAACUUAAGAUGCUUUAAAUAAUUGUUUGGGGAAAGAAGUCGGCAGGCUGAACAAGGUCAGGGUUUCAGUUCUUUGGUUGUUUUCUGCCAAAAAAAACAUAUCCUAUGUUUAAAGUGUGUUUCAAUGUGAGAACAAACCCAGCAAUGGUGUUGAUGUCUGACACUGUGCUGUCCAAUUUAAAAGCUAAACUGGGGGUGGGGAGUCAGGAAAGGAGGAAUAGAAUGUAUGGCUGAAACGAGGGAUGCAUGAAAGUCCUGAAACCUGGGGUGCUGGUUCAAUUCCAGCCGAGAUUUACCUUUAAGAGAAAGAUUUAUGGUUUGAAAGUCCUGGCUUCCAAAAUGUGCUAAAAUCCCAUUCCAAGAAUCUCAGAGUUAAUAAUAAUAAUAAUAAUAAUAAUAAUACUUUUUAAAAGGGAGAGUCUUUAGCCACACUGGCCAAUAAUUUCCACUAUGGGCAAUUUGUAGACCCUCGCCAUAUUAAUUUUAUUCAUAUUAAAAAAAAAAUGAAGUGGACUCCACCCCCAGUUGAUGAAGCGUGAUGGAUCUCUUCAUAGUCCAAUAAGAGGAAUGUCUGUGUGCUCAUUUCCACGUAUUUGACUCCAUAAUAAAUGUAGAACCUUGGAAAUUCGCUCACGUAGGAAACCCAAUGUGUGUUUUUUGCACAUCUUGCAGUUAUAAAAAAAUGGUUGCGUGGAAGGGGGAAGUAUGGUAGGUUUUGCCCAGUUCCUGGUGAAUGUACAGUUGACCAUCCACAAUAAUGACCACCAUCACAACACACACACACACCACGAGACUGUUGUGGGAGUCUGAUGUACAAUCUGUCAAAUGGUCCACACUUUGCCUCUGCCUGUGAUGUACAGUAGCUGCUCUGGGUAGAGUUUAAGAGAUUCUAGUUAAUUGAAUAAUUUACUCAGGUUUUACCUGCAUUUGCAUGUGGAGUUUUGAAAGAAGCACUUGUUACAGCACACAUGUAUUUUUCAUUGAAAUGCUGUCUGGUUCCAUACUGAGUUUGCGUGCCUUACUUCCAGUAGUCUGUUACUGUUGUAUACCCAAGUUCAUUUCAACUCCACACAGUCUUCAGCUGCUGUAAAAGCACGGCUGUCAUUAUGGGAAGCAGCUAACCUUGGAAGUGUUUAUUAGUGUAACAGAUUCCAGUUCUGGCCAAAAGUUUUGCAUUACCCUAUAGAACAAACUAAUGAAUGAAACCUGUUAUUACAUUAACAUGUUGAAUUACAUACCGUGUUGUAAUUUUCCAUAUACUUUAUGAAAAGCUGACAUUGAAAAAUGUGACAUUUUGAAAUCUAACAUGAAAUACUGUACUACUGGCAUGCCUUCCAGUAGACUUCUACAAUGUCGAUUUGGAGUUUCUUUGAUACAUGAAAAAAAUUAAGUAUGUUCAUUUUAUUUUUUUGGCCACAGCUGUACACUACAUAAUUUUUUUUUUUUU